GCAGAGCCUCAACAUGGCUGAGUGCUGCCAGGUGAGCGGGCGGGAAUUGGUGCAAGCUCUUGAUCCAGCACAAAGAGCUCCACCACCCCUGGUCUCCCUCAGCCUGGCCUACUGCACCUCAUUCAAGGUGCUCCAAUUUCCACAACUAAGGCAGCUGUCCCUAAGCCUGUUGCCUGCACUCACAGACAAGGGCUUGGUGGCUGUGGCCCUAGGCUGCCCUAGACUGGAGCACUUGUCCCUGAGUCAUUGCAACCAUCUAAGUGAUGAGGGCUGGGCCCAAGCAGUUGGUUUCUGGCCGCGACUACACCACCUCAACUUGUCCAGCUGCAGUCAGCUCACAGAGCAGACACUGGCUACCAUUGCACAGGCCUGCAAGCAGCUUCGAAAGCUAGAUGUAUCCAUGUGUCCCCGCAUCAGCAUGUCUGCGGUCAAGCACUUUGAAGAGCAGCUGCCCCAGGUGAUCUGCAUCCACUCCCGCUUCGUGGGAGGUGCAGACCUGAUUCUGACACUCUGA